AUGGUCUCCCGAGCCCGAUUCCUUCGCGCCGUGCGCCCCCCCGGCCGAUGCGGCCACCUCCACGGCAGCGGCGGCAUCCUUCGACCCGUCGUCCCAGCGGCCGCUGCGAUAUCGGCCACGUCGGCCACCUCCUGCUCGCCCGCUCCGGCGCGAUGCAUCGCCACGUCGGCGCCGCGCAUGCUUGCCCCGAGCAUCCCUCAAAGGACACGGCUCACGGCGGAGACGUAUCCGCAUCUCCGGCGCGACUCUCGCUUCGCCGCGCUGACGCCCCGGCACGUCGCCCACUUCAAGGAGCUGCUCGGCAGCGAUGCCGCCGUCGUCGAGGCCGAGGCCGACAUCGAGCCCUUCAACGAGGACUGGAUGCACAAGUACCGCGGCCAGUGUCGACUCGUCCUCAGGCCGGCGUCGACCGACGACGUCAGCGGCAUCCUGCGCUACUGCAACCGCGAGAUGCUCGCCGUCGUGCCCCAGGGCGGCAACACGGGCCUCGUCGGCGGCUCGGUGCCCGUCUUUGACGAGAUCGUCGUCAGCAUGGCGCGCAUGAACAAGAUCCACUCGUUUGACGACGUCAGCGGCUCCCUCGUCCUCGACGCCGGCUGCAUCCUCGAGGUGGCGGAUCAGUACCUCGCCGAGCGGGGAUACAUCUUCCCGCUCGACCUCGGGGCCAAGGGCUCCUGCCAGGUCGGCGGCAACGUCGCGACCAACGCCGGCGGCCUGCGCCUGCUGCGCUACGGCAGCCUGCACGGCAGCGUCCUCGGCAUCGAGGCCGUCCUGCCCGACGGCACCGUCAUGGACGACCUCUGCACGCUGCGCAAGAACAACACGGGCUACGACGUCAAGCAGCUCUUCAUCGGCGCCGAGGGCACCAUCGGCAUCAUCACCAAGCUCUCGAUCCAGUGCCCGCAGCGCUCGCCGGCCGUCAACGUCGCCUUCCUCGGGCUCGAGUCGUACGCAAAGGCGCAGCGGGCCUUCCGCGAGGCCAAGGGGCAGCUGUCGGAGAUCCUCUCGGCCUUUGAGCUCAUGGACGGCCGCAGCCAGCAGCUCGUGCGGCUGGCGCGGCCGGAGGAGAGGCGGCCGCUCGAGGGCGAGCACCCCUUUUACUGUCUCAUCGAGACGAGCGGCUCCGACGGCGAGCACGACUACGAGAAGCUCGAGCGCUUCCUCGAGCACGUGCUCGGCAACGACGUGGUGGCCGACGGCGUCGUCGCCCAGGACGCGACGCAGAUCAAGUCGCUCUGGAGCUGGCGCGAGGGCGUGCCCGAGUGCGUCGGCCACUGGGGCGGCGUGUACAAGUACGACGUGUCGAUUCCGCUGGCGGACAUGUACUCCAUCGUCGACGACGUCAAGGCGCGCCUCGAGGCCGCCGGCCUCGUCGGCGAGACGGACGAGUUCCCCGUCGUCGGCGUCGUCGGCUACGGCCACAUGGGCGACGCGAACCUGCACCUCAACGUGGCCGUCCGCCGCUACGACCGGGAGGUCGAGGCCAUGCUCGAGCCGUUUGUGUACGAGUGGAUCGCGAAGCGCCAGGGCAGCAUCAGCGCCGAGCACGGGCUCGGGCUCGCCAAGAAGAGCUACAUCCGGUACAGCCGCAACGAGACCAUGGUCGGUCUCAUGAAGCAGAUCAAGACGCUCUACGACCCGAAUGGCAUCAUGAACCCGUACAAGUACAUAUGA